UAAAUAAGCUCCCAAUGUUUUCCCAUUUCCCUCCCUCCAAAACAAAAUACUUAUACGAAGCUAGCUCAUCCAACAGUGUGGCACGCGUGCUGAAGAUGUCAAUGGAAGAAGAACUUGAAUCACUUACCAUCACCGAAUCAUCAUCAUCGAAUUCUGCUACCACCACUACCACUACACAGAUGAUGACGAUGAGUGUUGAAGAGAAGUUUCAGAUAGUGAGGAGUAUUGGGGAAGAAUGCAUACAAGAGGCAGAACUCAUGAACCUUCUUGCUAAGAAGCCUCAGCCCAUAUGUUACGAUGGAUUCGAACCUUCUGGCCGAAUGCAUAUAGCUCAGGGAGUUAUGAAGAUCAUCAAUGUUAAUAAAUUGACUUCUGCUGGCUGCAAAGUCAAAAUUUGGAUAGCAGAUUGGUUUGCUUUUCUAAACAACAAAAUGGGUGGCGAUUUGAAGAAAAUUAAAACUGUUGGAGAAUACAUGGUUGAGAUCUGGAAAGCUGCAGGAAUGGAUUUAGAAAAUGUAGAGUUUCUUUGGUCUUCGGAGGAAAUUAAUUCAAAAGCCGAUGAAUACUGGCCUCUCGUUAUGGAUAUUGCCGGGAAAAACAAUAUUUCUAGGAUUAAGAGGUGCUGUCAAAUUAUGGGCCGGAGUGAGAAAGAUGACUUGACAGCCCAGAUAUUUUACCCAUGCAUGCAAUGUGCAGAUGUCUUUUUUCUUAAGGCUGAUAUCUGUCAGCUAGGGAUGGAUCAGCGGGAAGUUAACAUCCUUGCAAGGGAGUACUGCGAUGACAUUAAACGGAUAGACAAACCUAUUAUUUUGUCUCAUCACAUGCUCCCUGGAUUAUUGCAAGGACAGGAGAAGAUGUCAAAGUCUGAUCCUUCUUCGGCAAUAUUUAUGGAGGAUGAGGAGGUUGAAGUUAUAUCAAAAAUAAAGAAAGCAUACUGCCCACCAAGUGUUGUUGAAGGGAAUCCAUGUCUUGAGUACCUCAAGUACAUUGUAUUUCCAUGGUUUAAUGAGUUUAAGGUUGAAAGGCAAGAGAUAAACGGAGGCGACAAGAUAUUUACCACCUACGAAGAACUGAUUGUUGAUUAUGAGAAAGGGGACUUGCAUCCUGGUGAUUUAAAACCUGCUCUAUCUAAAGCCUUGAAUAGGAUUUUGCAGCCUGUCCGUGAUCACUUCAAAAAUGAUCAGAAGGCAAAGGAUUUACUGAAGAAGGUUAAGGGUUUCAAGGUCACAAAGUGAUUAGCGUCUUUCCGUAUAGUUGUAAUGAUGAUAUCUAGUUCGGUUCAGAUAUUUUGCUUCGUUGUAUCAAAAUGAAUUCAGUUAUAUAAAUCUAGUUUUUUCACAUACUUGGUUGGUAUUAGCUAUUUAAGAUUAAUGGGUAGUAACAUUUGAAAUGCGGUAUUGUUUGAACUAGUUGGGAGGAAAAGAGUCGUCAGUAUUUUCUUUACACAUCAGUGUCUUUUAGGUCAUAGUAUGAGCUCUUGUGUCUAGGAGUUCGAGUAAUUGCUUCUAUAUUUUAUCCACAAUUUCCUCAACAUAUCUGUUGUGGACUGGUUGUAACCGACUGCGAAUAUGAUGAUUUCUGUGUGGUGCACUCCCAGUUUGGUUA